AAAUAUUUCUUAAUCUUAUCUAAAUAUAAUUUUUAUUUAAAAACAGUCAAUAAUUUGUACAAAAUGUCGAGUCCUGAUAGUAAGGAGGGCAUAAAAAAUUCUUCAAAUAAUAUCUCUCAAACAGCAGCAAAUGGAUCUGUAUUAUCACACAAUAAGCAGGAGCCUAACUUCGAAGAGGAUGAAGCCGAAAAGCGAAAAGCAUUUUCUAUAGUAGAGUUGUUGACUGAUUCUCGGCCAUCAUGUAGUACCCACAGGCGCCGAUCAGCUACUGCCAUCUCUUCUAAAACAUCUAAUGAAAUAAAGGAAUUUUACGAACCCCCAAUGAAAAAAACUUUGAAAUGCGAGAGUUUUGAAAAUCUUCAUAACGUGCAACUCAAUGAUGCUUCGUUAUGUUUGCCUAAAAUAGAAAAAUCUUCAAAUUCUAACUCGCCUGAUGCUAUGCUUUUACGUAAUCACCAACAAUUCCCUCAAAAUCAAUACCAACAACAUAGAUUAAUUGCCAAACAAAAUCAUGACGAAGUGCCAACAAAUACAUUUCCAAUAACAACAUCAGCCUUGCAACAACAAUUAAAUUUGGUUGCCGCCUUUUUUAUACAACAACAAUCACAACAGCAGGAACUUGGAGGACCGGCAACUUUAGAUCAUAUGUUGGCUAGAGGUCGUGAAGCAAUGACAGCGAUUCCUACUGUUGCUGGAAAAAAUGAUCAAUUGGAAGGUAAUAAAAUAUUAAAAUUAACUUCUGAUAUUCUCUGUUUUUCCGAUCAAUCUUAUUGA